AUGGACGGGAGACUCACUUUGCCAGACGAGGCCUCGAUGUCGAAAGCAACCACCAAAAGCGAACCUGCGAACAAAAUGGCCAACAGGUCAUUCGAUUUCUUCUCGCUCCCAGUGGAGCUUCGUGUACUGGUUUACCAAGCCUAUCUGGACAUCGAAGUUCCACGAGUAACCCACCUUCCAGCGCAACCGGAUCGCUAUGUGCCUCUUCACUUCGGCAUCGGUCACCCCAAAAACUCAGAUGCAGCCGUGGGCCCUCUCCUGAGUAUCUGUUACGCCUUCGACGAUUAUUCUGUUGAACCUUUCAGCGAGGUUAUGCGUUUGGCCGGACUCAAUUCACCUUAUCAGCCAAGCGGAGUCUACCGAAUUGUUCUGACGGGUAAGCCCUUGCCCGCACCUCCUGGAUUCAUGUACAACGGCAUCUCCGAAAUUAUCCACAAUGGCGGCGUCAUGGAUUCCAUCCGAGAGGUAGACGUCCUUUCCCAUUUGGAACCGGGCUCUGUUGUCAAUCCUCAGGACUGGCUCGCUGGUGUAACACUCUGUCCAAAUGUCCAAACUCUCAACAUCGUCUUCAAGCCCAGGGCCAUGAUGGGCAAGUCGAAGCCGAGAAUGCUAAACAAUCGACCGAAAGGCGCUGUCCCGCUUCUCGAAGAUCGUCUGGCGCAAUAUCACGCUCGCGACCUGCAUCGCUACGUUGGUGUGCUUGAAGACCCUUCGAGAAUGGUCAACGCCAUGACAUACGGCGAUCUCAAACUGUUCCAAGAGUACCAUACACUGGUUGAAGAAUAUGGCGCAGACUUUGAGACCAAGCCCGAGUUCAGCAACCCCAAGGGCGACCAUGAAUUUCAUCUGCUCUCAGUCGAACAAAUAGUGGAGCGGUUCCGUCUGCGUGAGCUUCUCAAAUGCCGCCAGCUCAAAGUUGCUUGCCUCAAAUACUCCCUGGGAUGUUCUUGUUCUCGUCCGAAUUGUUCCUAUGCCAAUUUUGGCGUUGGACCAGUUCGAGCUCAGGAAGGCAGUGUGCGCGAGGUCACAGUGGAUGCUUUCCAGGAACUGAUGGGAAAGGUGGCAUUCUGGUUGCAGAAUGAAUUUGCGACGAAGAAUCGGCAAUGGGUCUUUGUGCAAUCUCUGAAGAUAGCUCAAAAGAAGCCGUCGAAUUUUUACUACAAGCAGGCAUAG